AUGCCAAAAAGUGCUCGACUAGAUCUACUUAUUACUCAUUUAAUGUACGCACCAAACGGCGUUCGUUGUUGUUCAUCCCAUCUAUUCAAUCAUAAUCGUUUAUUACCCGAUGUCGAGAUAACUAUGGGAAAUCGUCAGCAACUUGUAUCAUCCCUCUCAUCAUCAGAAAUGAUUGACCUCGUGACUGAUCUACUUUCACUCCUUCAUGAAGCUGUUACAUCUGCUCGUCUUGAUUUUCCAGAUCCUUCUUUAAAUGAUGAAGACUACUUGACCUGGACAGGCUGGACAAAAGCUCAGUUUGAUAACAUGUUUCAUAUCAUUUCUCCUUAUUUACGUUCGCCUUCUAAUCGUCAUACUCGAAAUGCUCUCGCUAUGUUUUGA